AUGCCUUCUCAUUUCGAUACCAUCCAGCUCCACGCUGGCCAGGAGGUUGACUCCAACACCAAGUCUAGAGCUGUCCCCAUUUAUGCAACCACCUCUUAUGUCUUCAACAACUCCCAGCACGGUGCCGAUCUUUUCGCUCUUAGAGAACCUGGCUGGAUUUACUCCCGUAUCAUGAACCCUACCGUCGAUGUCUUUGAGAAGCGCAUUGCUGCUCUCGAAGGUGGUGUUGGUGCCGUCGCUACUGCCUCUGGUCAGGCUGCUCAGAUGCUUGCCAUUGGCGGUGUUGCCAAGGCUGGCGAUAACAUUAUCUCCACCUCUUUCCUUUACGGUGGUACUUACAACCAGCUCAAGGUCACCCUCAACCGCUUUGGCAUUGAGACCAAGUUCGUCACUGAAGACUCUCCUGCCGCUUACGAGAAGAUCAUUGAUGAAAAGACCCGUGCCAUUUACCUCGAGUCUAUUUCCAACCCCAAGUACAUUAUCCCUGAUAUUAAGGCCAUUUCUGAGAUUGCCCACAAGCACGGUAUCCCCGUAAUUGUCGACAACACCUUUGGUGCUGGCGGCUACUACAUCCAACCCUUCCUCGAGGGCGCUGAUAUCAUCACACACUCUGCCACCAAGUGGAUUGGCGGCCACGGUACCACCAUUGGUGGUGUUGUUAUCGACUCUGGUAACUUCCCCUGGGACAAGCACGUUGACAAGUUCCCUCACCUGACUGAGCCCGCUGAGGCUUAUCACGGUCUUUCCUACACUGGUGCUCUCGGCAACAAGCUUGCCUACAUCACUUAUGUCAGAACCGAGCUUCUUCGUGAUCUUGGUCCAGCCCUUAACCCCUUUGCUGCCUUCCAACUUAUCCAGGGUCUUGAGACUCUUUCUCUUCGUGCUGAGAGACAUGCUGAGAAUGCCCUCAAGCUUGCUCAGUACCUCGAGAAGAGCCCCUACGUCAACUGGGUUCUUUACCCUGGUCUUGCCAGCCAUCCAUCCCACGAACUUGCCAAGAAGGUUCUUAAGCGUGGUUUUGGUGGUGUUUUGUCUAUCGGUGUUAAGCCCCGUGGUGGUAACGCCUCUGAUGAGGGUGCUGCUGUUGUCGAUGCUCUUGAGCUUGCUUCUAACUUGGCCAAUGUCGGUGACAGCAAGACUCUUGUCAUUGCUCCCUUCUUCACUACACAUGCUCAGCUUUCUGACAAGGAAAAGGCUGACUCUGGUGUCACUGAGGAUCUUAUCCGUAUUUCUGUUGGUACUGAGUUCAUUGAUGACAUUAUUGGUGACUUUGACCAGGCUUUUGCCAAGGUCUACGGUGCUGAGGCUAAGCUUUAA